AUGAGGGAGAACGACACUCCUAUGGAGCAACAACUUGGAUUAGUGUGUGUGAAAGUGUUAGGAAGAGGGAUUAAUGUAAAUGUAACAGAGGGGAGAAGUACUUCUAUCCUUUUUUUCUUACUAUUAUAUGGAACUGGUUUGCCCGAGAUUGAAGAGGCUACGAGUAACUUUGAUGAAAGCCGAAGAAUAGGAAGUGGUGGAUACGGAAGUGUUUAUUUUGGAGUGUUAGGGAACAAGGAAGUUGCUUCGAAGAAAAUGAGGUCCAAUAAAUCUAAAGAGUUUUAUGCAGAACUCAAGGUGGAGCUUUUGGGAUAUGCAAACGGAGAAGGUGACCUCUAUUUGAUGUAUGAGUACGUUCCAAAUGGAUCUCUCAAUGAUCAUCUUCAUAAUCCAUUACUGAAAGGUCUUGAAUAUAUACAUGAUUAUACAAAAGCACGAUGUGUGCACCGUGACAUAAAGAGUAGCAAUAUUCUACUUAAUGACAAAUUCAGAGCAAAGGUGGGAGAUUUUGGACUUGCAAAGCUGGUAGACAAAACCGAAGAUGAAAAUUUUAUAACAACUAGACUUGUAGGAACACCAGGUUACCUUCCACCAGAGUCUCUAAAGGAGCUUCAAGUGACCCCAAAAACCGAUGUGUUUGCGUUUGGAGUGGUGCUUUCAGAGAUGUUAACAGGGAACCGAGCAUUAUUCCGAGAAAGCCAAGAAGAGAUUAAAAUGAAAUCACUGAUUAGUGUUGUUAAUAAAGUAUUCCAAGAUGACGAGCUAGAGAUUGCCUUAGAAGAUGCCAUAGAUAAGAAUCUGGAAGCAAGCUGUCGGAAGGAAGAUGUCUACAAGGUGAAUUCUUAA